AUGCUUUUGUUCUUUUUAAUUGUUGUUGUUCCAUGCACGCUAGGGCUGCAAGUUGCCAACAUCUCGCUUUGUCCGCAACUGGCAAAGAGAACGAAUCCUCCGCUUGGAGCGUAUGACUUGCGUCCAGAUGACUUUACCAUGAUUAUGGCUUUGGGUGACAGCGUGUCUGCUGGCUUUGGCAUUGGCGGCAUACAGGGUCAGUUUCUUAGUGAUAACAGCUUACAAGAAUAUAGAGGUUCAAGUUUUUCAAUUGGUGGUGAUCCCAAUGCUACCACGGUAGCAAAUAUGGUACGCUAUUACUCCACCAACCUUGUAGGUCCCUCGGUCGGUACAAACCUUAUCACAUUAUGCUUCCGUAAGUUGGGUGCCAAUGAUUACUUCAACGCUGCACAAUCUGGAGCUCACAGUUCUGAUUUGGAUCACGAAUUGGAUUAUCUCAUACCUACUGUGCAACAAUAUGCUGGAUUAAAUCAAAGUGGUUGGAAAAUGCUUAAUGUUUUUAUUGGAUCUAAUGACCUUUGUGCCAUUUGCGAGGGAGGCUAUCGAUCGCCAACGGAGUAUGGACAAAACAUUCUUGCAGCGCUGGAAAGAUUUCGAUCUAGUAUGAGCAACGUCUUCGUCAAUUUAAGCAAGAAUCUCGGCCUUAUACAUGUUGAGGAUAUCUAUCAAUUGACCAUGAACUCAAGCUACUGCAAACCUUUUCAAAAUAACGCCUUCGUGGUCCAUGAUUAUGAAUGCCCUUGCGCCCAUAGUAUGGCAAACCAAACGGCCAUGGCAGCCAACGUUGAAUUUUACAAUCAAGCACUUAAAAGCGUCUAUUCGACAUAUGCAGCUCAAAAUUUUCCAACUUUUGGGGUAGCUUACCAGCCUCUUCCUGUCAAUAUUAUGUCCUUUCCCAUCGAAGCUAUCAGUAAUAUAGAUUGUUUUCAUCCAGCCCUAAUGGCACACGAAUGGUUAGCGAAAAUGAUAUGGAAUAUGAUGUUUGUACCUCAAAGUCAAAAGCCAUCCACACUUACCUUUAACAUGGCGGCGACGACUUACUGCCCAACAGAAUCCGACAGGCUACAAAUUUUUUAAUUGAUAUAGGC